UAAAUUAAUAAUCUUUUAUUUUAAUGAACGGUCAAACAUAGUCGAAAACACUUAGUUACAAAUAAACAGGAACUAGCACCUGAAAUGACAUAACAAAUAACAAAACAAAGGUGUUUGUAAUACGAAACUCGAAUGAAGUAAGUUAAAUGCAUUUAAUUGAAUCAGAGAGCAGACGAAGCUGAAAGUCAAACAGAUAAAUGUUAACUGGAUAGUGAUAACAAGAGCAAAUAAUAGAUAAGACAGUUGCGACGCGAUAGUAAGCAAGAAGAGACGCCACUAAUACAAUUAUUAUAAAUAAAAAACAUUUAUUAUCACACAAACGAUUGCAUCAUAUCAUCCUAACAACCAACUCUACCCUAGUGCUACUAUUUCAAAUAACAGGUAUAAUAUAUUAGAUUUGUUAUAUUGCAGCAUAACAUAAAGGUACACAAUCAAGUACCUACUUUACACAAAUUAUUACAUCUUUUGUUCUUGUUUACAUAACUUACUCAGUAAAUUGCUACUUUUAAUAAGUCUAAUAUUUAUUAAUAAUCUUUAAUUGUUUUAAAGAAAAUAAUACUUUAAAGUUACAUCAUGAGAAUAACAUCCUAAUAUCUACUAAGUAAGCCUAAUUAUUCAGCAACCUUAACUAAGUUAUAAUUAUUAUUGAAUAUGUAUUUAGUUAUUGUUAUUGUACUGUGAUAUCAAUUAGUGUUUUCUAAUAAUCUUCAUUGAGGUUUCUUUCUUUAAUCUCUCAUGUAAGGAUAGUCGAUGUCACGUAGAGGUACAAAGGUCUCUUUGAUGGACUGGGGUGUUGUCCAGCGCAUGACAUAGCCAGGCCCGCCUGCUUUAUCAUUGGUACCAGACAUGCGGCCUCCACCAAAUGGCUGCUGGCCCACAACUGAUCCAGUUGACUUGUCAUUGAUGUAGAAAUUGCCAGCAGUCAUCUUGAGCUCAUCCAGAGCCUUCUGUAGGAAGUUCUUGUCCAUUGAGAAUACAGCACCAGUCAAUGCAAAUUUAGUAGAUGAUCCAAUGAGCUUCAUGGUCUUGUCCACUUCACUAUCAUCAUACACAUACAUGGUUAACACAGGGCCAAAAAUCUCUUCAGUCAUAAGCUUGUCAUGGGGAUCAGUGGUCUCAAUUAUGGUGGGCUGGACAAAGUAGCCUUUGCUGUCAUCAAAUUCACCUCCAGCAAUGAUUUUAUUCUUAGAGUUUUUCUUUGCAUUUUUUAUGUAACCUGUGAUUCUGUUAAAGGCUUUAUCAUCAAUCACCGCAGCGGCAAAAAUUUUGAAAUCUGAUGGGUCACCAAUCUUUAAUUUAGCUUGCUCUUGAACUAAUCCAUGCUUUAUUGGCUCAGCAAGAGAUUUGGGUACAUAAAUUCUUGAGCAUGCCGAGCACUUUUGUCCACAGUAUUCAAAUGCUGAGCGAAUUGUAGCAGUGACGACAGUCUGGAUAUCAGCUGAAGGAUGCACAAAGUGAUAAUUUUUUCCUCCGCAUUCACCAAUCAGCCGAGGAUAAUUUUUAUAGUGGCUGAGAUUUUUUCCAACUUCAUUCCACAGCCAGUUAAAUGUUGGAACAGAGCCAGUGAAGUUAAUGCCUGCUAGAUGAGGGGACGAAGUAAUUGUGCGGCCAAAUGUGGGCCCAUCAGCUGGAACAAAGUUAACAACACCAUCUGGAAGCCCUGCUUCACGCAUUAUGUUAAAGAUCCGCCAAUUUGACAAAAGUGCUGUAUCAGAUGGUUUCCAUACAACACCAUUGCCCAUAAGAGCAGGGGUGUAGGCCAAGUUGCCCCCAAUAGCUGUGAAGUUAAAAGGGCUGAUUGCAGCAAUAAAUCCGUCAAUGCCACGGAAUCGAAGAGAAUUUCUUGUCACUGAUGGGUUUUCUGAAAUAGGUUGAUAUUUGGCAUUCUCUUUUAAAAAGUAUACAUUGAAUCUGAAGAAAUCAAUGAGUUCAGCAGCUGAGUCUAUCUCUGCUUGUAUUACACUCUUAGACUGACCCAGCAUAGUAGCAGCAUUGAGUUUUUGCCUGUGGGAACCAGCCAUCAGUUCUGCAGCAUUUUGCCAGAUACGAAUACGCUCCUGCAGAGGUGUUCGAUCCCAUCGUGCUUGAGCAUCUACAGACACUUUGAUAGCUUUUUGUAUGGUUUUCUCACUCGCGUAGUAGAAUUUUGCAAUUUUUUUGGAGUGGUUAUGAGGCAUCACCUGGUAACGCGGCUCGCCUUCCUUAAUAGUUUCUCCGCCAAUGACGAUAGGCACCUCCUCAGUCACAGCAGCGGUUUGCUUCAGCUCCUCAGCAAGCGCAGUGCGCUCGCCACUCCCCUCACGAUAUUCAAAGACCGGCUCAUUCUGCACACCGAAGUCCUGGAACUUGGGCAACUCCACAAUGCUGGAAAGUGAGCGCUCGAACGUUCGCCCGCUACGUACGGUUCUUGUCCAUACAGCCCACAUCUUAACGAAGAUAAUUGUGAUAUAUCCAAAUGCAAAGUAUUGUCAAGAGACCUUGUUACGUAAACCGUAUCGUUCGUUCGCAAACACGACAAAAUGUGUACGACGGUAGCUAACUGACGUCGAUAAUACUUUCCACAGAAGCUGUGACCUUCACUGAUCCAUCACAUUUUCAAACAUUAUGAAACGGCACCGAAAUACGAUUUGGUAGAUUAGCAACGUAACUUGUAUAUUGUUUGUUUGAUAUAUUUUAUAAUUAAACAGAUUUGUCCACUUCUUUAGUUUUAGAAUUGUCGUACUGACAUUAUUUAUGUGUUUAAAAUGUUCGUUAUAAUCAAUUCUGUAUUUUAUGGAUUUCAAUCAGUAUCUCUUUUUCUAAUACAGAGCCUAGCAGCUGGCUGGCUGCUUUGGCUGACAUUUGACUUGAUUGCGAAUACUGCAACGCGCACAUUAUCGACCUAGUCGAAUCGUGCUGUGUGUUUGGUACUAUACUUGUCGAAAUCUUGGUGUCCCUCUCUCUCUUGUUAUUUUCUUGCCCCAAUUUAAUGACUCAGAGUGAGAUGAAAGUAUUUUAAUUCCUGUAUUUAUUUCCUAUUGAGAACCAGAGAGAGAUAGAAAAUAUUGAGUUCCUAUCCUGUUUCACAGAUUAUUUAAGGGAAAAUCGUAGAGUGGAAUAUCAUUGAAUUUGAGAUUGGGAAAUAACCUGAGAAAUAUAAUAUAUUUUUUGUUGCGUUUUUGACAUAAUAUUGAUUUCAUAAUGAACUCAAACGCAUUUAUUUUAAUUAAACCAUAAUUUGAUACUUUUGAAACGUCAACAAAUAUAAAAUAAAUAAUAGUCUAUCAGUUUGUUCGUCAGUGAAGCUAGGCGCCAGGCGAAUGUAAUUUGAAGGCCUAGAUCGUAGUCGAAAUUCAAAAUACGUACCUAUUACUGCAUUUUUUUUUAACUUAUAUAGGAUAUGGAGUAUUGGCGAGAUAAACUUGCCAUCAUCGAUUCGACCAGUAUAACCUACCGAUCGGCCACAAAAAUCUUUACAAGAAUGUAGUAGAAUUGUAAAGGUAGGGAGAGUAGGGAGACCUAAACCCAGAAGUUCGACAAUCAUGUGUUCAUGGCCGAUCAGCCUGAUAAUAUUAAUAAUAAAAUAUCAUUACUUUGUAAUUGAGUAUCCUAUCCCACAACCCUUAGAGGCGGAUUCAACCUAGAAAGCACCUUAUAUGCUAUUCCCUGUACUCCAAAGUCUUCCCAUUCUUGUAGCGUAAAGCCUAUGUCCGUCCUCUUCCUAAAAUAUAACCACACACUUCCGUCCUAUAUCAAUUCUUCCCUUCCUGUCAAAGGUGCUCGAGGCCUGUGUCCAUAAGCAAGCUCUCGUUUAUAAGUCCAUUGCAAUCCGGAUUCAGGCCCGGGCACAGUACUGUAACCGCUCUCCUUAAAGGAGGCUUAUUGGCGAUGUGAAGGCGGGGAUGGAGGAUACCAGGAUUACAGUGUUGGUUUUGGUGGACUUUUCGAAUGCCUUCAACAUGGUCAAUUCCGACAUUUUGCUAGCUAUCCUAUCCCAACUUUCGGUUUCUGAUGGUGCACUGGAUUGAUUAUCAUCGUAUCUUCAGGAACGUCAGCAAUUGGUCCAGGUUGGCGAGGCUUCGUCGAACUGGUGCCAUUUAGAAGCUGGGGUUCCUCAAAGCGGAAUUCUGUCUCCUCUUCUAUUCUCCAUCUUCAUACACCUUAUCACUUCCGAACUUCAGUGUGCGUACCAUCUGUAUGCCGACGACCUGCAAGUGUACUGUCAAGGCAAGAUUGAAGACUUACCUGAUGCAGUUGCGAAGGUGAACGCAGACUUGACUGCCAUAUCUAACUGGUCUGGGAAAUUUGGCAUUAAUGUCAACCCGAGCAAGUGUCAGGCGAUAAUAGUAGGUAGCUCCCGCACUUUGUGCUAGGUUAACAGUGCAACGGUACCGCCAGUCCGGUUUGACGGUGCGGUCAUUUCAUUUGGUGGUGAUGUCAAAAAUCUUGGGUUGCACAUCGACGGCAACUUAACCUGGCGUGCUCAUGUUACUAAUGUCUGUCAGCGAGUCACGGGGACGUUGCGAGCCCUGUAUCGGUUAAAAAACUUCCUUCCGUUGUCGACCAAGGCGAUGCUUGUUCAGUCCUUGGUUUUCCCGAUAAUUGAUUACUCUGAUGUGUAUUACUACGACCUGAAUGCAGACAUAACAUAACAUCACGCCUUUUAUCCUCGUAAGGGUAGGCAGAGGUGCACAUUAUGCCACUGUACAAUGUAACACCCACUUUUCACUAUUUAUGUUGAGUCCCAUGUAAUAGGGGGUGAGCCUAUGGACCUGAAUGCAGAUCUCUUCAAUAAACUUGACCGCCUUCUAAAUAACUGCAUUCGAUUCGUUUUUAACCUUCGUAAAUACGACCAUGUCUCUGUAUAUCGGUUGCAACUAAAGUGCCCAUACGUCACUGCAGGAAACAACGGGCGUUAACCACUUUAUUCUCUCUUCUUAAUUACCCCAGUUCUUUCUUUCUUUCUUUCUUUUUAAAAAAACGUUGCCCCACACUAGGAUUUUCUCCUGUGUCGUGGGUGCGUUUACAAACAUACAAGUUCACAUACACAAUCACACCCAGACCCGCAACAACAAUUUGUGGAUCACACAAAGUGUUGUUCCGUGCGGGAAUCGAACCCGCGACACGUUGCACGGCAGCCGGUUGCCCAGCCACCGCGCCAACCGUGCAGUCAGUUCUCCUAGCUAUCUAUCCUCCUAUUUUCAGUUCAUAAGUGCAAACCAAAGCAAAUAUCUUCGUUCCACUAAUAAUCUUCUUCUACAAUGUCCCACACACCGGACCGACUUCCUUCACUCUUCAUUGUCCAAUCCAUUUUGCUGUGGAAUGCGCUGCCCACGGAUGUCAGGACGGCAACCAGCCAGCUAAGUUUUAAAGUUAAGGUUCGUGAACUAUUGCGAAGGGAACAGACAGACGCAUCACGUACUUAAUUUAUCAUUUUACCACCACCCUACACGUGACCCCCGGGUGGUGCCAAAGAACAACAACGCCGAGUCGUAGGCGGCGGUCAACUAACCUACUAAAUCAUGUCACGUAAGAACGGUGGCCUUGGCUUAAUCACCUAGGCUAAGAGGAAGAAAAUCUCCAUAAAAAUAACUUCGGAUUGAAGUUAUUUUUUAUUAAGGUGGGUUACGCGCCGAAAGGACGAAUGGCUGAGGGAUUUCAGUCACUAGCGCCAACUUUGGUGGAUCUGGUCACGCCAUUGUAUAGUACCUUCUCACAGGAAUGGGUGCCACCCUGUGAGCGACCCAUAAUUCGACUCUUCUCGUGGGAACAAAUAUGAAAUCUAAUUCCCCUAAAAACACUCAACCAGAACACAAACAACUAACACAGCAAGCACUCCUCUCAAGCCUUUUUAACAGACAACGCUCGUCAUCCCUUUCCGAACUGGCAAGGUCACCACAAGACACCCAUACAGUUGAUACAAAUGAGACCAGAAACGCAAUGGAAGCAACCCUGCUCGACUUGCCUUGACAGGGGUCAUGUCAUACCUGACCAUCAAUUCGGAAUUUCGAAAGCAGCACUCCACCACUGAGCAGGUACACAGAGUGUACAAUAAGACAAUUUCUUGACGUCCAACAAGCAUUCGACCGUAUCUGGCAUAGAGGGCUACUCUACAAAAUUAAAAAGUACCUACCACAUUCCUACUACCUACUGUUGGAGUCCUAUCUUAGUGACAGAAUGUUUCAAGUAAAGCUGCGUGAUGCAAGAUCUUCUCUUUUUAACUGCAGAGCCGGAGUUCCUCAAGGCUCAGUACUUUGACCGGUUCUCUACAAUAUAUUCACCAGUGUAGCACACAGCUGUAGCAACCUUUGCUGACGACCCAGCCUUCCUCAGUUGUAACAGUGACCCCAAUGUGGCAACCAGACAACUGCAGACACAGCUCGAUGCCACUAAUGCCUGGCUGACUAAGUGGCGCAUCAAAGCAAGCGCCUCGAAGUCGCACCACAUCACAUUCACCCUGAGGCGCAAAACUUGCCCUUUAGUCAAACUAGGCUCCGACUCUUUGCCGCAAUCGACCUGCGUUAAAUACCUUGGAUUUCACCUUGACCGAAAGAUGACAUGGAAAGAUCACAUAAAAACGAAACUCUGGCUUCUUCAAGUGCAUAAUUGGUUCACCAUUAAUAAUCUAGCACUUAAUGAGAAAAAACAAAAUGUAUUAAAUUCAGUUUACCAAACGUGCGUAGUAACGAUUGUGAUAUUGUUUUGAACGGUCAAAAGUUAGAAUUUGUCGACGAGACAGUAUUUUUAGGCAUUACGUUAGACAAUAGGCUCACUUGUUUCACUUGUUUCACAAUGGGAUCCACAUAUAAAGGCGCUUUCGGGGAGAUUGAGCUCAGCUGCUUUUGCAGUUAGACAGAUUAGACAGCUCACGGACGUAGAUACAGCUAGGCUUGUCUAUUUUAGUUAUUUCCAUAGCAUUAUGUCGUACGGCAUUUUGUUGUGGGGUCGAGCUGCAGAAAUAGAAUCAAUAUUUAUUCUACAAAAGCGGGCUAUCCGAGCAAUAUAUAACUUACGCCGUUUCGAAUCGCUGAGAGAAUUGUUUAAAACGAUAAAUAGUUUAACGGUGCCCUGUCAAUAUAUUUAUAUAUGAAAAUAUAAUGUCUAUAUUGUUUGAGAAAAGAAGCGAUAGACACAAUUUUAAUACUAGAGGCAAAAAUAAGUUACCUAUACCGCAAUUCAGACUGUCCAAAGUACAGAAAUCCUUUAUGGGCUUAGGUAUUAAAUGCUAUAAUAAAAUACCAAAUAGCAUACUAGAUCUCAAUGAAAGUAAAACAUAAGUAUAUUAAGCGCGAAUUAUGUAAUUAAGCUUACUACACACAGACAGAUUAUCUUGAAGAUAAGAAUGCUUGGCAGCAUGUUGGUUCGGCUCCACUGGACAAUACUCAAAUGUAGUCAGUAGUUAAAUUCUAAUAGUAGGUAAUUUAAUACUUUAAUUCUACCUCUAAUGUAGACAAUCUAGUUUCCUUAUGGCAUCGAGCAAUUCUUUAUUAUUGAAACAAAGAGUUUCCUUUUUCUUGUAUAGAAGCACUAAUUCUAUGGAUUGUCAGUAUGCAUAUGUGAGCACCAUGUUUGACUUUAAGAUUUUUUUUUUUAGGAAGUUAUUUGUAUAAUGCGUCAAGCGUGUCUUUUUGCAUUCUUCUUACAUAUGCGUACAGUAUUGAAAUAUGUAUCAGAGACAUUGUAAAACAUACUUUUUUUAAAAAGAGUAACGAAUGGAGUUUCUUGCUCGUUCUUCUCCAUUCGAAUCUACAUUUUGGAAUGAGCAACUACCUUCACCUAGUUUCACUGACGGACCGACUGACAGACUAUUAUUUAUUUUGUAUUUGUUGACGUUUCAAAAGUACCAAACUAUAGUUUAAUUGAAAUAAAUGCUUUGACUUUGACAAUCUGCACUUUGUCCAACAAGCUAAGGGUUUAUUGCUCCAUAAUAAAACCAAUCUGGACCUAUGGAAUCCAACUGUGGGCAACAGCCAGCAAAUCCAAUACUAUGAGCGUACAGAUAGCUCAAAACAAUAUCCUUAGGGGUCUGUCAUCGGCACCCUGGUACGCUCGCAACUCAGAAAUCCACGAACAUUUGCAAAAAUAUUUGAAUAUUCGAAAAUUAUAAUCCAAAUACUGGAUGAAAUAAAGAAAUACUCAGCCAACUACAGGGACCGUCUGAGAGAUCACCCAAACCCAUUGUCAUCCAUGCUGUUACAACCAAACCAAUUUAGACGACUCAAGAGGGCGGAUGUGCUACAUAACUAAGGGGAGUCAGAGUAAUGGCUCCUCUUCUCCAAACUCCAGCAACAAUAACAACAAACCUGAUUACAGACUGAUCGCAGGAUAAACCCAAAAAAAAUCAUUUUGGCAAUUAAAUUAUGAUUUUCCAAUUAGCCAAGUUUUUAAAAUUAGCAAUUUUGUAAAGUUUCAUUGGCUCUUUCCGAUUUCCAUUUUGUGACCUAAUAAGUGCGUCGUUUGCGCCGCCAUCUUGGAAAAAUGGCGGCCAAAAACAGUUUUUUUGCAAUAUCUCUUAUGUUGUGCAUUUUACGUCGGCUCGAAGUAGAGGUACGAACGGGGUGGUUUUUAGUCAGCAAUAGCCUGACACUUCCUCCCACCUCACCAAGGGCGGGAGAAGUCAUUCCUCCCCCAAAAAAAGAUUAAUAUGUUAUUAUCAUGAUAUAGGUACCUACUAAUUUUAUAUCAUCUCAAUAAUUUAUUGCCGGGGAUGAAAAGUAGAAUAUAUAUAUUCCAGACCAUAAUUUACCCGUUCCAUAUCCUGUUCCCUUCAGCCGUAUUGACAUGAUUGAGUAACAAACAUACACACAAACACGUAAUAUUAUUAAGAUGACGAAAGAGUCUACAGAUCUAAGCAGACCAAAGAGCAGACGAAUAGAUAUAUGGCAAGAAGCAAACAAGAUCGUUGAAAUGUAACAUUGACAGCGAAAUUGUCGGAUAGCAAUACAUUCAAAAUUUUAGUACAGGUAUAUGAUAUUAACGAGACGGUGAAGCAUGCUCCGAUCGGCGUCCGUGGAGCUGAGAGUGGCGUGCCGGCCGCGGGGGCGGGGCAUGGCGCGCGCGGCGCGGACGCCGCGGCCCGCGUCCGUGCUGCAGCCGCAGUGCGUCGUGUACCCGCGCGCGCCGCGCAACGAGCGCGUGCUGGAGCACUCUGUCGGCACUAAGGAGCGCAACUGCCUCGCACACGAGCUCGCUACGCUCACGCGCCACCCCGAGACUGUUCCCAUUUUUUUAGGCCCAGAGAAAACGUGUUAUGGUGAUUGCUGUAUCCAGGCGAUGCCCUUUGAUCAUCAACUGGUCGCUGCGUAUUUCCAUCAUGCUUGGCCAGCUACCAUAUCACAAGCUAUAGAGCUGGCUACUGCUUGUCAACCUAGUUGGGAGCGCACCUCGGUUGACGAACGUUGCGGCGUGCUCGAGCGCGCUACUGACCUGCUCGCUGGGGUUUUUCGCCAGCGGGUCAUCGCGGCCGCCAUGAUCGGCCAGGGUAUGACUGCUAUCCAAGCUGAACUUAACGUGUGUCAACUAAUUGAUUAUUUGCGGUUCGGAUGCUAUUUUAUGAGAGAGCUUACGAGGAGUAAAAGCCUAAUCGACGGUGGUGAUGAUGCUAUCAAUCAUAACCAAUAUCACGGCCUCGAAGGGUUUUGGGCCGCAAUUACACCUUACAAUUCGCUUGCUUACGCUGCACAACUGGCGAUAAUACCGACGAUCAUAGGCAACUGUGUUGUGUGGAAACCUAGUGACCACUCGGUGCUCGCCUGCUAUCGCGUGUUCGAAUGUCUACAGUGCGCGGGCCUGCCCCCCGGCGUCCUCAACUUCGUGCCAGCUGAUGAGAAACGUUUUCUGGACGCUGUGUGCACUAACACAGAUCUAGCGGGCAUUUCAUUCGGCGGGACGACUCGCACUCUCGAGCACAUUUGGCGUACAGUCAGCGCGCACAUUGACAAGUACUUACAUUUCCCUCGGAUUGUCGGUACCGGUAGUGGCAAGAACUUCCACGUGGUGCACUCGUCGGCGAAUUUGGCGAAUGCGGUUGCGUGUACAGCGCGAGCGGCUUUUGAAAUGGCGGGGCAAAAGUCUUCGUCGUGCUCCCGCGUGUUCGUGGCGCAGUCAGUGCUGGACCGUUUCUUGCAGUGCCUCGCACAAGUGGCGCAAUCCCUCGUGGUCUGCCAUCCGCUCGACUACCGAUGUUUCAUGUCUGCGCUCGCGUCACAAGCCGCUUACGACAAGGUGUGUGGGUUCCUGGAGCGAGCUAGCCGGGACAACACGGCGCGGCUGGUGUGCGGCGGGCGCACGGAGCCCGGCGUGGGCUACUUCGUGGAGCCCACGGUGUACGUGGUGCCGGAGCCCACGCACGAGCUCAUGUGCGAGGAGCUGCGCGGGCCCGUACUCGCUGUGUGUGGCUUCCCAGACAAUGACCCCGAGGCCCUCGUGUGGGCUGUCGCCCAGGCACGAUACGCCAUUACUGGGUCGAUAUUCGCACGUGACAUGCGGUGGGCGCGCUGGGCGGCGGGCGCGCUGCGCGAGCACUCGGCCGCGCUCUACCUCAACGCGCGCUGCUCCGAGGACACGCCCGGCCAGCAGGCCCUCGGCGGCUCGCGCAAGUCGGCCGCCGGCGGGGGCAAGGUACUGUGUCGCAGUGCACUGUGCGGUAGUAUGUACUGUAGUGUCGUGUUGCAGGCGGGGUCGAUGUCGUACCUGCUGCAGUGUCGUAUGUUGCAGGCGGGGUCGAUGUCGUACCUGCUGCAGUGUCGUAUGUUGCAGGCGGGGUCGAUGUCGUACCUGCUGCAGUGUCGUAUGUUGCAGGCGGGGUCGAUGUCGUACCUGCUGCAGUGUCGUAUGUUGCAGGCGGGGUCGAUGUCGUACCUGCUGCAGUGCCGUAUGUUGCAGGCGGGGUCGAUGUCGUACCUGCUGCAGUGUCGUAUGUUGCAGGCGGGGUCGAUGUCGUACCUGCUGCAGUGUCGUAUGUUGCAGGCGGGGUCGAUGUCGUACCUGCUGCAGUGUCGUAUGUUGCAGGCGGGGUCGAUGUCGUACCUGCUGCAGUGUCGUAUGUUGCAGGCGGGGUCGAUGUCGUACCUGCUGCAGUGUCGUAUGUUGCAGGCGGGGUCGAUGUCGUACCUGCUGCAGUGUCGUAUGUUGCAGGCGGGGUCGAUGUCGUACCUGCUGCAGUUCGCGACGGAGCGCUCCAUCCGCGAGUCGCUGCAGGCCUGCACGGACGUCACGUACUCGUACAUGGACGAGACGCCGCCCAUUGUCGUGCUCAAGUGA